GAUUUGGAUGUAAACGUCACGUCUUUUCACUUCCUCACCCGAAGAUCACACUUUGGACCUCCUGCUCUACCUAAAGAAUUUUCAGUGCGCCAAGUUUCAGCUAAACGUCUAAAUGUUACCUACAUGCACCCUCUAGAAGCUAUCCGUUGCGACAUGUCCACCAAUCACGCUACGAUGCUUCCUUCCUUGAUGCCUUACACGCGACAACUUGGCCACGUUCGUUAUACUGCUUGUAAUCUUCUGCUGGCCGACAAGAUAAGAACAUAUGGAGACCGUUGGAACGGUGUCAAAUUAGCAUCGGAUCUCGAAGAUAUCAUCUUUUUGGUGGGGUUAAUGAUGGACAAAGGCGAAAGAAUGCCCCAUGUGUUGAGACAGCUCAUCUUGACACCCAACGUACUUGACAGCUUUUGGAAGGCGCUUCCAGAAAGUGAAAGACUAUUAUUCCUCACAGAUGUGGACAUAGACAUGGAUACGUCGUGAUAUACAUACAUUACUGCUACCAACUGUAAAUUCAAUCUUCGCUCGUUCAGAUUCGUAUGAAAGAAAUUG